UGCGCCGUCAACUCGAGAGAAAACAAACAGUGCAAAACGGAGGAAAAAAUAAUAAGCAUCUCCGUCGUCGUGAAUUUUCUGUCCGUAAAUUCCGCCUGAAAAAGUGUCGUUUCGUGCCAACAAUCGAGUGAUUCCCCGCUCUGAUCGAUUGGGGGCUAGUUUCGGUGUGAAUGCGUUCGCGAACGCGAAUCGCAGAAGUGCUCCUAGGAAGGAAAGGGAGAAGAUUCUCAGAAGAAUCAACGCGCCAUGAAGGCCGCUAAUUCGUCGCGAGUGAAAUCCCGAAAGAUGCGUCCGGAGUUCAGUGUUUGUUUUGUGAUAGCCUGCUCAGUGGCAAUCCUGCUGGGCCACAGUGCUGGCCGGUGCUAUGGCGAAUCCACCGACAUCGAGCUGGAUGCCAAGGCCAACAAAUUGCACCAAAUCGACAGCCUAAAUUUGCUGCUGUACACUUUUCUGCUGACCCUGACCGUACUGACUAUCUGGCUGUUCAAACAUCGGAGAGUGUCCUGGUUGCAUGAAACCGGACUAGCCGUCAUAUAUGGUCUCAUAGUGGGUGCGAUCAUACGCUAUGCCGGUACCAAAACUCCGAUCAUCCACCUGUCGGUCGAACCCGAACCAGAAGCCAAGUUUAACCAGAGCCUUCCACCGGACAGCCUCUGGUUGGUGUUCCCGGGAAAGCUGCCUAACGAGGCCAACACGCCUACACGGGCCAACAAGACCUAUUCGUACAGCUUUCGUGGCGAAGUCGCCAAGCUGGAGGAAAACGAGAUAGAUCUGAAGGCCACAUUUGAUCCGGAGAUCUUCUUCAACAUCAUUCUACCGCCGAUCAUAUUUCACGCUGGUUACAGCUUGAAGAGGAAAUACUUUUUCCGCAAUUUAGGUGCCAUUCUGACGUUUGCCAUUAUCGGAACGACGUUGUCGGCGUUCCUCAUCGGGGCGCUGAUGUACGGAUUCGUUCAAAUGAUGCCCCAGCUGAGCGAAAGCUUUACCUUCCUGGAUACGCUCUACUUUGGGGCGCUGAUCUCACCGACUGAUCCACUGACAAUAUUAGCGAUAUUUAGUGAUAUGCACGUCGAUGUUAAUCUGUACGCUAUGGUGUUUGGCGAGAGCGUACUGAACGAUGCAGUAGCCCUUGUGCUUAGCGGUGCUAUACAAAACUACGGAGAACACUACUCCAGUACGGGAGGUUUCGAAGGUCACGCCUUUCUGCGAUCGUUAGGAGAUUUCUUCAGUGUGUUCUUCUUCUCGUUGCUGAUAGGAGCUUCUAUGGGCUGCAUAACGGCACUGAUGACCAAGUUCACUCAUAUCCGGGAUUUCCCACUGCUUGAGUCGGCGUUGUUCGUGCUCAUGUCAUACAGUACGUUUUUGAUCGCGGAAGCUUCCGAGUUGACUGGUGUCGUCGCUGUGCUGUUCUGCGGUAUUUGUCAGGCUCACUACACGUACAACAACUUGUCGGAUGAUUCACGAACUCGAACGAAACAGAUAUUUGAGCUGUUAAAUUUCCUCGCAGAGAACUUCAUUUUCUCCUACAUCGGCGUUUCGAUGUUCACCUUCCCCAAGCAUCGAUUCGAUCCGCUGUUCAUAUUUACCGGUUUUAUAUGUGCCGCUAUUGGUCGAGCCAUAAACAUCUAUCCUCUGUCAGCGUUGCUGAACAUUGCUAGAAAACCAAAGAUUUCCUGGAAUUUCCAACAUAUGCUUUUCUUUGCAGGACUUAGAGGAGCAAUGUCGUUUGCACUGGCGAUCAGAAACACAGUUUCUGAUGCACGGCAAGCUAUGCUUACGACCACGUCACUGAUAGUGAUUGCCACCGUGAUUAUCCAGGGUGGGGCGGCCAAUUUCCUUCUCAAUUGGCUGAAAAUUCCAGUUGGCGUUGAUGAUGAAACGGAAGCCCUACCGUACCAAAACGUGCGAAGCGUGUACAAUUCGAUGGAGAAUACAGCCGGGUCUGUAGACGUCGGUUUGAAUCUGAGUCAGCUUCAGGUUAAUAGAAGGAGUAGCUCAUUGGAUCUAGAAAACCAAGACAGUGAGGGUGCAACGACUCCUGGUGGAACCAGGAGGGGUAACGAGAAGGCUGUUCUGGCCCGUGUGUGGGGUAAUUUCGAUACCAGAUACAUGAAACCGUUGUUGACGCACUCGCGUCCAACGCUGCUGGAAACGCUGCCAGUAUGUCUAAGCCCGUUGGCUAGGUUGCUAACCACCACCGAACAACUGACACAGGAGGGUCCAACGCGGCGUGCCGACUCGGAUUCCGAUCUGUGCAUCGACGAUGACGAUCGAACCUCCCGGGGUGAUGGCAGCAUCCGUCGCAACUCGAUCAAUCGCCCCAUAUCGAGAAAGCGUUAGAAAAGAGUGUUCCUACCUUCCUCCUUGUUUGCAUCAUAGGCUCUAGUAGUAAAACCGAUUAAAUUAAUAGCCGAAGAGGAUAUCGAAAAAUGUGACAUAACCGCCACUGGAGAAAUGUAAAUAAUGCAACUGAUCAAAUUAAGUUGCUGAAGAAAUCUUCACCAGAAAACGGUAUCAACUAUAUCUGUAUGGGUAUUUUAAUCUUUGCCAAAUUUGUAUAUUUUAAGUUAAGAUAAUUUUGGAAGUUGGUGGUUUAAGACUUUUCAAAAAAUAUAAGUUGUUGAUAUAGUACCGAAGCAGAAGUUUAACGCUGAUUAGAAAAGAUUAUUGAAGCUUGUAUGCGAUGUCGGUUGGAUGCAUUCAUUGCAGUAUUUAUGUGUGUUGCAAGUAGGUCUAA